CUGCAGCCCCUUGCGGGCCUUCCUGCUGCAACGCGCGCUGGAGGACGCACGGCUUGGCGGGAAGGCGAGGGGACUGUGCGGAGCCUCCGGUGCUGGCGGCGGCCACGAGUGGGAGCCGGGGUUCGGCCGCCACACGCGGAACAGAGCAGAAGGUGGCGGGGCCCGGCGAAGCCACGAUGAAGCCGAGCAGCGAGGAAGAGGAAGAGUUGGUGCAGGGCGUGGGCCCCUGGGACGAGUGCUUCGAGGUGGCCGUGCAGUUGGCGCUGCGUGCGGGACAAAUCAUCAGGAAGGCCCUCACGGAGGAAAAACGCGUCUCUACAAAAACAUCUGCUGCCGAUCUUGUGACAGAAACAGAUCACCGAGUAGAAGAUUUAAUUGUUUCUGAGUUGCGAAAGCGGUUUCCUUCACACAGGUUCAUUGCAGAAGAGGCCACAGCCUCCGGGGCCAAGUGUGUGCUCACCCACAGCCCGACCUGGAUCAUCGACCCCAUCGACGGCACCUGCAACUUCGUGCACAGGUUCCCCACUGUGGCAGUUAGCAUCGGAUUUGCUGUUCACCAGGAGCUGGAAUUCGGAGUGAUUCACCACUGCACAGAGGAGCGGCUGUACACCGGCAGGAGGGGCCAGGGCGCCUUUUGCAAUGGCCAGCGGCUCCAGGUCUCCAGGGAGACAGAUCUCGCAAAGGCCUUGGUUCUGACAGAAAUCGGGCCCAAACGCGACCCCGAUACUCUGAAAGUAUUCCUGAGCAACAUGGAGCGGCUGCUGCACGCCAAGGCUCAUGGGGUCCGAGUGAUUGGCAGCUCCACCUUGGCCCUCUGCUACCUGGCCUCGGGUGCGGCCGACGCCUAUUAUCAGUUUGGCCUUCACUGCUGGGACAUGGCAGCUGCCACAGUCAUCAUUAGAGAAGCAGGAGGCAUUGUGAUUGACACCUCAGGUGGACCCCUUGACCUCAUGUCGUGCAGAGUCGUGGCUGCUGGCACCAGAGAGAUGGCAGCGCUCAUAGCUCAGGCCCUACAAACUAUUAACUACGGCCGGGACGAUGAGAAGUGAGCCCACACACAGCUCAAAGGCUGAAACGCAGCAGCAACCUGGGAAAGAGCUGUCCCGGUGGCCCGAGUUCCGGGACAGUCUACCAUAGCUCUCCCCGGGCCUUGCCUCGGUGCUUAGCUGAUUCUCUAAUCUCGUGUAGCCCCUUUCCAGGUCGGUACGUGUUCUUGUCAUCAGAGCCAAACCUAGAUCUUGUGAGGUGUGUGUUAGUCAUCCAUCCUGAUUGUUUUUCCAGAAUGCAAAUCUCAGGUGAUAAAGCUUUAGAACGGGCCCUCAGGCCCUCCCCUGCCCGUGGUAAGACGGAAUGCAAUAAAUCAGAAUUAUGGUGGUCUGCUUUGGGUCUUCCUCCAGCCUCUGGCUCUCAGGCAAGGCUGUUACUGCUAUUACCCCACAGGUCGUCUCUGCUCAGCUUGGAUGUCUGGCACCCGACCAUGGCAACGGUGAAAACUUUCCCUAAAUAUCAGUCUCCUGAUCUACAGGCUGUGUUUAACUACACAUAGAUCAUCUUUAGCCUUUUUUUUUUAAAUACUGCCUUCAGUUGACCUUCAGGGAGUACGUGUACUGUAUAAAUUAAAAUGCUGUAUACAGAA